GAGCAGCCGGCUGUUACACACGUAGUAGUAACAGAAGAUACGGAUUGGGAGCGCGCAGUCCCGUCCCGCUCCGUGGCGGCCGAGAGGGGAGGGGAGAUCCGGCGCGGAACGGCCAAGGACGCGCUGCUCUGGUGGCGUGGGGUGACAGGCGGUGGAGUGAGACUGGGAGUGGUCGAGUGCGGCGCCAUUGCGGAAUUGGGAGCGGGAGCCGGUGGUGGUCCCAUGCGGCGCGGGCUCGGGCAGUGAGAUCCGCAGCAGCAGCCAUGUCGCGGCCGCUGUACCGGGGGUUCUCGGGGGGCGGAGGCGGCAAGGACCGCUGCGCCGACGAGGGCCGCCACUACGACCCCAAGGAGCCCAGCGAGAACGGCAUUGGCGCAGGCGGGUGCGGCACCCCCGCGCGGGGGAGGAAGCGGCACCUGGCGGCCGCGGCGGCGAGGAUCGGGGUCCUCGUGCUCGCGGCGGCGGCGCUCGUGGGGUCGGUGGCGUGGGCCGGGUCGCUCUACGCGGGGCGCGGGGCCGCCGCGGCGAUGGCCGCGGCCUCGGCGCACCGCGGCUACCGGCGGCUGCAGGAGCAGCUGGUCACCGACCUGCUCGACAUCGGCGCGCUCGCCGGCGGCGGGCUCCGCUCGCGGGAGGCGGAGGCGUGCGCGGCCGAGUACGAGAACCACGUGCCCUGCUACUACAACGGCUCGGACGCCGUCGACGUCUCGGAUCUGGGCGGCGGCGUCGUCAUCAGCUACGAGCGCCAGUGCUCGCGGGAGGGCAGGGCCACCUGCCUCGUCGCGCCGCCGCGGGCCUACCGCACCCCCGUUCGCUGGCCCAGCAGCAAGGAGUUCAUCUGGAAGGACAACGUGCGGAUUAGCGGCCAUGAAUUCUCUUCGGGGAGCCUCUUCAAGAGGAUGAUGGUGGAGGAGGACCAGAUCUCUUUCCCGUCGGACGCACAUAUGUCUGACGGUGUGGAGGAUUACGCGCAUCAGAUUGCGGAGAUGAUUGGCCUGCGGAACGAGUUCAAUUUCAAUGAGGCUGGGGUGAGGACAGUCCUUGAUAUAGAAUGCGGAUUUGGUACCAUGGGGGCACAUCUAUUUGAGAGAGACCUCUUGACUAUGUGCAUUGCUAACUAUGAGGCAUCAGGCAGUCAAGUGCAAAUCACACUAGAGAGAGGAAUUCCUGCACUGAUUGGUUCAUUUGCAUCAAAGCAGCUUCCAUAUCCCUAUCUUUCAUUUGAUAUGGUGCAUUGUGCAAGAUGCAAUAUUGAAUGGGACAAAAACGAUGGUAUUUUCUUGGUUGAAGUGGACAGGCUCUUGAGGCCUGGUGGAUACUUUGUUUGGACAUCAAGUCUGCAUACACACAGGGCCUUACGCGACAAAGAAAAUCAAAAGAAAUGGGCAACCAUCCGCGACUUAGCUAAUAACCUCUGUUGGGAGAUUUUGUCACAACAAGAGGAGACAAUUGUGUGGAAAAAGACAAAUAAAAGGGAUUGUUACAGUUCAAGGAAAUCCGAGCCUGUGCUUUGUGCUAGAAGUCAUGAUCCGGAAUUGCCAUACUACAAACCACUAAAUCCCUGCAUAGCAGGAACAAGAAGUAAGCGUUGGAUCCCCAUUGAACAUCGCACAACAUGGCCUUCUCAGGCUAGAUUGAACUCAACCGAGCUUGAUAUACAUGGUGUGAAUUCGGAAGUCUUUGGUGAGGAUACUUCAACCUGGGACUCCAUGGUGCGAAACUACUGGUCUUUAUUGUCUCCACUUAUAUUUUCUGAUCAUCCAAAGAGACCUGGUGAUGAGGAGCCACAUCCACCAUUUAACAUGCUUAGGAAUGUUCUGGAUAUGAAUGCUCACUUUGGUGGAUUUAAUGCUGCUUUACUCAAGUCUGGAAAAUCUGUAUGGGUGAUGAAUGUUGUUCCUACAAAUGCCCCGAACUAUCUGCCGCUUAUUUUUGACCGUGGAUUUAUUGGGGUUCAACAUGACUGGUGUGAAGCAUUUCCAACUUACCCAAGAACGUAUGAUAUGGUACAUGCUGAUGGAUUUCUAUCACUUGAAAAGCGCCAAAAACGUAGAUGUUCUACUCUUGACAUAUUCUUGGAAGUUGAUCGCAUCCUACGACCAGAGGGCUGGAUUAUAAUACGUGACACCGCCCCUCUUAUUGAAGCUGCAAGAUCUGUUGCUGCUCAGCUCAGAUGGGAUGCCCGUAUAUUGGAUCUUGACAUAGCCAGCGAUGAAAAACUGUUGGUCUGUCAGAAGCCCUUUCUGAAAAAAUAAUGAGCAUACCAGACACUGACACACGAUUCAGAAAUUGGAAUUAUUCUUUACCCCCUAAAUACUGUUACAACGUGUUACCCGAGAACAACUGGGAACAAAUUUCAGUUGAAACACUGGAGGAAUGGGUCAGCUAACUCGUCAUGAAUCGUCAUGGGCCGCAAGGCGCCAUGAGACUGAUCGGGCAAGUGCAUGCUGCAGACAUGAUUGGCGGCUAAGCUUUCCAGGCCAAGGUUUUACUGCCAGGACACGGUGAUGAAGGCGGCAAAUUAUUUUUGUAGCAAAACCAUAUAUUUAAUAAAGGGAUGAUGCUGCGGCGUACAUAAUCGCAGCCAAUGUGUCAUAUGGGUAUAAUUCCAUUUUUCUCCCUCUCCCUCAUUACAUUCUCCUCCUCUGUAAUGGUGCUCAUUCAUUCUUGUAUCUUGUAUGUAAAAUUUGUUGAAAUUUAUACUGGUCAUCCCCAGAUUACAGUGCUGUGAAAUCAAGGUCAAUAUUUCAGAUGAA